CGGCAGCAGCAGCGAGCCGGAGCAGCCGGCGCAAGCAGCCCAUCGAAGCAGCAGCGCUCUGCCCUCUCGCCCACGCCGCUCCGCCCUCGUCCGCCCGCGCCCCCGCCCUCGCCGCCCCGGCCGCCCCGCGUCCUGGCGGCCGCCCCUGCCCCCAGCCAAGCGCCCCGCCACUGCCCGUCCAUGGCCCGGCUAGAGAUUCCAAGCAUCGUCGUGCACAACGGGUCCAGCACGCCGGGUAGCCCGGCCAUGGACGCGGCGUCUCACCGCGGAUCGGGACUCGAAAAACAAGCAGAAGGAGAUGAACCUCCAGGAGGGACAGAAGACAUCAAUCACAAGUGUAAUACAGAGUCUGAAGAAAAACCACCAACUUCCACCAGACUGAGGUCUCAGUCAAAAGUGAAACUUCUGGUACGUUCUCAUGCUGUUCGAGAAGAAGCAUCUCCACCACCUGAUCCGGGACCUGUAUUACUUGAUGCUCAACAGCCACUUCCUCAGAUACUUCAUAUUCCCCAGCCUUCUUCUCCUCAACAACAAUCACAACAGCAGCAGUCAACAUCUGCAGCUACUGGAGAUUCAUUGCGCCCAAAUACUGGCAAUCGCCCACAUAAACUUCGUCAUCAGGGUUCCAGUCAGGGAAGUGGAGAUUCAUCCUGUCCAUCCCCUGGUGCGUGUUUGUCAAGAGACAGUAGUACAGAACAAGCACCAUACACCGACAGCUCUGGAGUAGAUCUACAAGCUUUUCUUGCGGAUACACUCAAUCGCAGUCCCAAGGACCGUCUGCAGCUGUUACGAGUGGAGCAGGAGCUGGUUAGCCUUGCCCGUGACAACAAGCGUUCACAUCACAAGUUUCCACCGAUGAGCUCCUACCAAAGAAUGCUUGUUCAUCGAGCUGCUGCGUAUUUUGGAAUGGAACACAAUGUUGACCCUACUGGUUCAGCAGUAAUUGUGAACCGCACCCGUGCCACUCGCCUUCCUGACACCCGAUUUCGGGAUCUGUUGCCUGCCAGUGGGGCCAGUGCUGGCCCCCAAGGCAAUGUGGCAGGAGGUAGCACCCCUGGAGCCUGCGGGUCAGGCACACGGUGCUGCCCUCAGCCUGAAACAGAUGCUCAAGUGCCAGCAAGUGGUGCCACAUCGACAGUAAACAGUGGCAGUACUUUUGGAGCAGAAGAACCGCGGCGGUCUAUUUUGAAGAGAGAUUCUGCUUCAUUUGAAGAUACCUUUAAGUCCCCUGAGCGGCAGCUUGGUUGCGAGCCCCCACGGCGCUCGAAGAGCUUUGAAGAGCGGGAAGAAGAGUACGAAAGGGCACGCCAACGAAUCUUCCAUCACCACCACCACUAUAAUCAUCCACCUAACAAUCACCAACACCGGUCAUCUAGUGGAGGUGCAACAGUCAGUCCUCCCUCCACCACUACCACAACCACCACCAGCGGCAGCGGGCCUGCUGCUUCUGAAGGCACAAACUCUGAAGACUGUGAUGGCAUUAGUGGCUCAGGUGAGCCUGGUGCAGAUUCAGUGACUGUGGACGAUGAAGGGGAGGAAGAUGAUGGUAGUGAGUGGCCACAUCGUGGUGCUCCAUGGGACUCUCCAGAAGGCUCCUCGUCUACUACCACUGACAACUUGUUGAGACCGUCCUCUGCCCUGCGCACCAGCGGGGGCCAGCCACAGAGGCUGCUUAAGGUGGAGUCAUUUGAGGGCCGUGAUACGCUCAAAGCCAAUAGCCUGCGUCUGCAAGUGUCCAAAUCCUACAGCUUCGGCGGGUAUCCUGGUGCAGGGACACAAGCUGCUGCCACAGAUGCGGGAAUGGGAGCUGGGCCACGCAUGUUGCUCACCAAGCAAGAUUCAGGUAGCAGUUCUAUCUCUUCACGCUUAAGUCCAAGCACUUCAUCAGGGUACAAGUCCCAAUCACAAAGAUCAGAUGCGACCUUGUCUGCCACCCCUUCACCCACAGCCACCCCUACUGGUGGUGUUGGCUCUCUUCCCGAUCCUCAGCCAGCACAGCAACCCCCAACAGUGAUGUGGGCUGUCACUAGUAUGGCUGCUGUACCACCUGGAUCUGUGCUUAUCAACCCACAGACUGGACAGCCGCUAAAGAAUCCUGAUGGUUCAGUAUAUCGGUGGGAUCCUACCAAUCCACCUCCUCGCAUGGACCAAUGUGAAGUGCCAGAAUCCAAGACAAUGUCUGCAACACCAGCAGACUGGUGCAAUACAGAAUUGGGCAGCUCCUUGCCUUGUUCACAAUCACUUCAACAACCACCACAGCACUUACCACAAUUAUCACAACCCUCUCUUCAACAGCAACCACCAUUGCAGCAGCAGUUAGAACAGCAACAGCAGCAGCAAACACAUCAACAUCAACAGCAACCACAUCAACAUCAACUUCAGGAGCAGCAGCAGCAGCAGCAGCAGCAACAACAUCAACAACAACAACAACAACAACAACAACAACAACAACAACAACAACAACAACAGCAACAACAACAGCAGUUUUCGAGGAAUUCACGUUCUCAACAGUCUUCAUAUCAGCCAUCGCAAUCACAGCAGCAAAGUAGCAGUUCCAGUACUAAUUCAGUGUCUGUUCCAACACCUCAGACUCAAUCACAUCCAGUGCCGUCCCAAAUUCCAGUUGUCUCUACAUCACCAAAAGUAACUACUACUGCUACAUCACCAGCACCACCUCCUACAUCUCCAUCCCCUCCUCCUCCCCUGCUACCUGCACCCUCCCAGCCUUCACAAACAACUCCUGUGACAAGUGUUGCUGUGAAUGCUGAUUCACAGUCAGUACCUGUUCUUGCUCAGCAAUCUCAAGGGCAGGCACCUCCAGUUCACCAGUACCAGGGUCAGCCUUUGGUUUCAACUCAGCAUGGGGCUGGGACUGAGCUGGUCUUCACUCCUCAGCCCCUUGUGUACCUGCCAGAUCCGCGCACUGCUGCACAACCUCCACAAUUAGCACCGGAGCCCACUGCCACUUUGCACGACAGUCCCAACGACAAGCAGCAGCGGCAGCAGCGUUGUACUAUGUUCCCGCCGUUCAGGGACCUGUUCAAGUGGCAGCAGCCUCACCACCUUCUGCUGCAGCAGCAGCCGCAGCUUGUGCUGCGGCUGCUACUGCCGCUGCGGUUGCUUCUCACCAUCAUGUCCAUCAUCCUCAUCACCGCUGCUGGUUACCAUCAACCAACAUACGGCCCCCAAGGUUCUGGUGCUCCACAGCCAGAUGGCAGGCAAGGGGGCCCAGCUCCUCCCCCAGCAGCUGUCUCCGCUGCUCAUGGCCUUGUUGCUCAUGCAGGAGGCUACAUGGCUGCUGGAUAUCAUCCGGUUGCAGCUGCCCCUGCCUAUAGUCCAGCUGCUGCUAAUGGUGGCGCUGCAGACUGUGGAGUUCCUGCAGCUGUGUAUCAGACUUCCCAGUUACAGCCGUUGUAUUAUCCCCAUCCUGCCACUGGAGGUCCAGCUCCUGCUCCAGCUCCAACGCCACCACACACCCCUACGCAAACACAGGCGCUGUGCCAUCCAGCUGCAGGUUAUGUAUAUCUGAAUGGAGGAUAUGCAGGCCCGCAGCCUCCACCUCAACCACCACCUUCAGCACUGUUCAAUGGUGGUGCAACUGGUCACAUGGCACAGUCAACCCCGCCUGCUCCACCACCACCACAUCCACACCCUCUACUCCCAUCACUGCAUGUGUUUCCACGACCAAGUGUUCAGAUGCUCGGUGGUGUCCGUUCCAGUCCUCCACCACGACCUCGAGGUCCUCAUAAUGCUGGAAUGGACCAGUCUGUGCCGUCUCAAACUCACAAAAGUCAUAGUGGAAUAUAUCACCAUAGGCAGGGUGUGGGAAAGGAUUCUAGAAUGGCAGAAGAGAAGGCAGCUCAACAUCAACAUCAGCAACAGCAGCACCAACAACAACAUCAGCACCAACAUCAACACCAGCAUCAACAUCAACAACACCAGCCACAGCACCAGCACCAGCAUCAGCACCAGCAUCAGCACCAGCAAUCACAACAACAACAGCAACAGCAACAGCAGCCGCCACUGGGAUAUCCCACAUUGCCGUUGCUUGGCCUUCGAUUGUUACCUGCUGGUGAUAUGCGUCUGGUUGGUGCUCCUCUCUCUACUGGUCCUGGAGGUCCCACUGGCCUCAGGGUGCCUUUCUCUCCCGUAGGGCCUCCAGCUGGUCUGCGUAUGCCUUCUGCGUCAAGUAUGAAUGAUCCUUCAGGAGGCACUGGUCGCCCUCCUCGAGCUCGGAAACCUAGGAAGACGUAAAUUCAUCACCAGCAACGUUCCAUUCUGACUGUCCAUAGUAAAGAACUACAAGCAAAUACACAGGAGAAUGAACUGAUUCUACAAGCAGUGCAGAUUCUUUGGUCAUGUAUGAUCUGUAGCCUUUGAUCUGUAGUGGAUAACUGCAUAAACUCAAUCCUAAGAAUAGAAUGGAGUUUCUUCUCUUUUUUUUCUUCUUUUUUUUCUUUCUUUUUUUCUUUUUGAAUUUUUUAAUGUGAUCUGUUGGCUGUUGUAACAAAGUGUUACCUAUUGCCUCAUUGGAAUGGAGUAGUGAUGCAAAACCGUUUGGAGUGUGUCAUUGUGUGAAUGUGUGUAUAAUAAUGCCAAGGCGUGUAGUCGCCUAAAUCCCUCCCACCUUGCUGCUGUCAGUUAUUCUGUGAGAACAUUAUGUUAAGAGUGGCACUAGAAAAUGAAGGGGAGCAAAGAUUUGCUCUCCUUGGAGGCUGCCAUGUUUGUCAGACAUAGGACAACAUUGUUUUUGUUUUUCUAUGCUCACUAUGGUGUCCUAUCUUACUCUCAUCUUUAUGGUAGUACAAGUAUGUCGUACAUGAAGACAAAUCCUGUUUUUUUUUCUUUGUUGUUGUUUUUUUUUCAUAAUAUUAAUGAACAAAAUAAUUUUAAAAACUGCACUUCAGAACUUGUUAUAACUAUUUUGAAAAUUGAAUUAAAUUAUCAUUCAAAAUAAA